UGUAUCACAGUAGACAGACCCUGAGUUCCUUACAAGAAAUGUAAAUGGAUUCAUUGUGGUGGUGAAUUUAAUUGAUUAGAUCAAAAACAGAGAAGUCUUCUCCUGUAAUUGAUUCUGCCUGCAGAUUUUGCCUGCAGUGCUUGUUAUUCCUGGCAACAUCUAUUUCAUUUCCACUCCAGAUACCGGUUCCAGGCCAGCUCAAGUGAAGAUUACAUUAAUUGCAAUCUGGAUGUUUAUAUAUCAGUCAAGUCUCUGGUUUACCACCUGGUUCAACAUCUUCUGCUACCUGAAGAUCACCAGUUUCACCCAUUUCCUCUUCCUCUGGCUAAGGCUGGUGCUGUGGCUGCUCCUGAGAUCCCAGCUGGGGUCCUUGUUCUUCACAGUGCCAUUAUCUUCAUGUGUUUAUAACAGUUUUCUCCUCCACACAACUGAACAUCUUACUGGAAAUAUCACUGGGAAAAAUAAUGAGAAAAUCAUUGAUAUCUGUUUACUUUUUUUUCAGUAGCUGGAAUCCUUCUUCCUCUUUGUGAUAUUCCUGGUUUUAAUCAUCCUGCUAAUCAUCUCUCUUUGGAGAAACAUCAGGCACAUGCAACACAAUAUAUCCAGCUUAAGCAACCCCAAUACUGAGGUCCAUGCUGGAGCUGUUAGAGCUCUGAUCUCCUUCAUCUUCUAUGUGUUAUAUUUUGUGGCUAGUGUUGUCUCAAUGAUAAUGGUUGCUGUAGUCAAAAUUCCAGUCAAAACUCCAGGAUAUGGAUGAUUUGUGAAAUCAUGAUGGACCUGUAUCUCUGUGGAUGUUGUUGUUCUCACUCUCGUCAAUCCCAAAUUGAAAGAGGCAUCAGUGAGACUUCUCCACUGGGCUAAGUGCUAUCUGAGACAAGAGACUUGAUAAACUUCAUCACAAAACUCCCAUGGAAAGAACUUUUCUCUAGAGCUAGUGGGGAAAUGGAAUUUCCAGUCCAUGAGAAAUAAUUAUAAAAUUGUAUUUAUUUAUCCUGUAUAUACUUAAA